AUGUCCGCGGCGCUGUGGGUCGAUAAGCACCGACCGCACGAGCUGGGAGACGCGACGACGGUGAACGCGAGGACGGCGAAACAUUUGAAACUCUUGAUCGCUCGAGGGGACUGCCCGCAUCUGUUCUUUCACGGACCGUCGGGCGCUGGGAAGAAGACGUUAGCGCUCGCGGUUUUACGGGAAAUCUUUGGCGCUGGGGUGGAGAAGGUGAAGCUGGAGAAUAAGACGUGGAAGAUUGACCAGAACGAUCGCGGCGUCGAGGUGGAGCUCGCGAUGAUGUCGAGCAACUUUCACUGCGAGAUGAAUCCGAGUGAUUGCGGAAGUAAGGAUCGGUACGUCGUGCAGGAGGUGAUCAAAGAGAUGGCGCGAUCGAGACCGAUCGACGCGGACGGAAUCGAGGGGUACAAAGUUCUCGUCCUCACCGAGGUGGACCGGCUGUCGCGCGAGGCGCAGUACGGCUUGCGCAGAACGAUGGAGAAGUACUCCGCGUCGUGUCGGUUGUUUCUCAUCGCCGAGCGUCCGAGUAAAGUAAUGGAUGCUUUGCAGUCUAGAUGCUUACCGAUCAGAGUGCCAGGACCGAGCAUUGAGGAAAUUGAAAAUUUGUUGCACGAAGUGGCGAAGAAGGAAAAGCUAGAGCUCCCGCCCGAGCUCGCCACGCGCGUGGCGCAGGCGAGCGGGCGCAACAUGCGUCGCGCUUUAUUGACCCUAGAGACGUGUCGAGUGAUGAAUUACCCGUUCAAACCGACGCAAGCGGUGCAAACGACGGAUUGGGAGUUGUACAUUAACCAGAUUGGGUCGGAAAUUUUAGCCGAGCAAUCGCCGUCGCGUCUGUUACAAGUGCGCGGUCGCCUGUACGAGCUCUUCGUGAACUGCAUUCCUCCCGAAAUCAUCUUGACGAAUCUUGCCAAGGCAUUAAUGAAGCGCGUGGACGUCGAGGUGAAGCAUCAAAUUUGUUUCUGGGCCGCUCACUUUGAGGUUCGCAUGCAGCGCGGCGGCAAGCCCAUCAUGCACCUCGAGGCUUUCGUCGCGCAGUUCAUGGCCUUGUACAAGAGUCACUUAGUGGCGGCUUUCGGGUGA